AUGUCUAUCAUCGUAUUCCUACGUAACGCGCCCAAGGAUGCUCCGGCUGUACGCAUCGGCCUGGUGGGCGCCGGCGUAGGUUAUGGCCUCUUCGCCGCCCGCGACUUUACUAAGGACGAAUUCAUUUUCCACGAGGCGCCUCUCAUGACGGCCCUCUUCAACGAGAAGUUCUCGGCCGACGUCUCCCUGAUGCACAGCCAACACCAGGCUUACAAGGCCGCCCUAGCCGACGGCGGCCAAGACAUCGUCACGCUCGCCUUCCCUAUACUCGCCGCCCGCAACGGUAUCCCGCCUGCCCCCUGGGAAGACGCUGAGCCCAUCUUCUCUGCCGAGUCUAUCGAGCCCGACGUGACCAGUUCAAGGAAGAAAUUCUUUGGCAGGAACCUCGUGCACGGCCGGUUUGCCGGCUCGAUCAUCACGCGGGAAGAGUACGAGACGUACGUGGCUGGCGUGAGCGAGAUGCUCAUCGCCAACCCGACGGAGGAAGACCGACAAAAGGCGUGUCACGAUUUCUUCAAACAUUAUGCCUUCCAGGUUAAACGGACCACCGCUAUCCCAACCGCGACCGACAUCCCUCAUCUGCCCUCACCAUUAUCACCCCCGGUCUCACCAACAAUAAUAACCACCAACACUCUAUCGCCCAUUACAUCAUCCUCAACAGCCUCCGCAUCAAUAUCCACAAGCACACCCCCAACACCAACCACAAACUCGGACGCCUGCAUCUACCUCCUUGGCUCCCUCAUCAACCACUGCUGCACUUCGCCCUCCUCCUCCUCCUCCUCGGCUUACGUGGCGCGCAAGCGUACCGAGCGCGGCCCAAACUGCGAGUGGCGCAUUGGUGCCUCGGGGCUGGCCCACUUUGUGAAACCAAAACACAUUUGCGUGCAGGCUAGGAGGGAUAUCAAAGAAGGCGAGCAGCUGACGUGGGACUAUGGGAAAAAGGAAAAAGGGUUCGUGUGUGAAUGUGCGACGUGUAGGGAUACCUUUAUGGGGUAUUGUUGCGGCGUGCUGUGA